AUGGAUCCGGAGAAGCUGCUGCGCCGCUCGACAAAGGAUGCGGCUACUACCGCUGCGGCUCAGGCCGAGUUCAACGAGAAGAGACGAGUAUGGAUACCCGACACAGCGGACGGCUUCCUCGCAGGAUGGAUCAAGACGCCUCCCAAGUCCGAGUCAGACCCAAACGCGACGGCCGAAGUCGUCGUCUCCUCGUCCAACGAGACCCGCACGGUCCCCUUCUUCUCCCUGGCGCCUAUGAACCCUCCCCAAUUCGAUGCGGUAGACGAUAUCGCCGACUUGACGCAUCUGAAUGAGGCGAGCGUUAUCAAUAACUUGAAGAUGCGCUAUGGCGGGGGUAGCAUAUAUACAUACUCUGGGCUCUUCUUGAUCUCCCUCAAUCCCUACCGGAACCUCCCGAUCUACACCCCUCGAGUGAUUGCUCAGUACCGGACGAAACGGAGGGAAGAGAAUCCGCCGCAUAUCUUUGCGGUGGCCGAGCGGGCAUGGCAGCAGAUAGGGGAAGAAAGGGAAAGCCAGUCGAUCCUUAUCACGGGAGAGUCUGGAGCUGGAAAGACCGAGAACACCAAGAAGGUUAUUCAAUAUCUCGCUGCCAUCGCCACCGCCACAGUUCCCCCGGCGUCCGCCAUCCCCGCUUCCUCAUCCUCAUCAUCCCUCACCUCCAAAGCACCCAUGUCCGGUCUCCCGCGCUCUUCUUCCUUCAAAGGCAAGGAAGCCGAGGAGAUCGACCUUUUCUCCAUCGCAUCCACCAACUCUGCUCUCGGACUCCUCGAACGCCAGAUCCUGCAGGCCAAUCCGGUUCUCGAGGCAUUUGGAAAUGCCCAGACGAUGCGGAACAACAAUUCGUCCCGGUUCGGAAAGUUCAUUCGGAUCUUCUUCAAUCCGAGUGGCGCGAUCGCUGGAGCGAAUAUCGAUUGGUAUCUGCUGGAGAAGAGUAGGGUGACGAGACGGGCGCCAGGGGAGAGGAGCUUCCAUGUGUUCUAUCAGUUGCUGAGGGGAGCGAAGGAGGCCAAGCUUGUCGACAAACUGCUGUUGGAAGGUGGACCGGAUCAGUACGCGUUCUUAAAGGGGAGCAGAAAGGAGAUUGACGGGGUGGACGAUUUGGAGGAAUGGAGACUGCUCAAGGAAGCGAUGGGCGUAGUCGGCUUCUCGACUACCGAGCAAUUCGAGCUCUUCCGAGUCCUGGCGGUCAUUCUCCACAUCGGUAAUCUCGUCCUCACCGGCUCCUCCUCGGACCAAGCCUUCCUCCCUCCCACUUCCCAAUCCACCGCCGACAAGAUCUGCCACCUCCUCGCCAUCCCCGUCAAGGACUUUACUCGGGCGGUACUUUCGCCCAAAGUCCGCGCUGGACGGGAGUGGGUCACGCAGGCCCGGACCAAGAAGCAGGCGGAGGAUGAGCUGGCGGCGCUGUGCAAGUUCAUGUACGAGAAGUCAUUCGGAUGGAUGGUGGGACGGAUCAACCAGGCCCUCGAUCGACCCAGCGCCAAAGCCCUCUCGAUCGGCGUUCUCGAUAUCGCCGGAUUCGAAAUCUUCGAGGAGAACAGCUACGAGCAGCUCCUCAUCAACUUUACCAACGAGCGGCUCCAGCAAUUCUUCAACUUUCAUAUGUUCACCCUCGAACAGGAGGAGUACACUCGUGAAGGGAUCGACUGGGACUAUGUCAAUUUCGGUCUCGACCUCCAACCCACCAUUGAGCUGAUCGAGUCGAGUCAGCCGGUCGGUAUCCUCGCGUGCUUAGAUGAGGAGUGCAUCAUGCCUCGCGCGACGGAUCUUACCUUUACGGAGAAGGUGCAGCAGAUCUGGGAUCCGCCACGCGGGAGCAAGGAUGCUCAUCCCGGUUCGGCCAAGAUCCGGCACACGCGCUUCGGCACCGGAUUCGUCGUCAAGCACUAUGCGGGGGAUGUCGAGUAUCGCACGGAAGGGUGGUUGGAGAAGAACAAGGACCCCAUCAAUGAUGCGGUGGCGCGGUUGUUGGCGGUCUCGGAGAUACCGGCAGUAGCUGCGUUGUUCUCGGAGUAUGCGGAGGACAAGGAGGCGACGGGGAUGGUCAAGAAGGUGAAGCGGGGAGCGUUCCGGACGGUCGGACAACGACACAAGGAGCAACUCGGUCAACUCAUGACGCAACUCGGAGCGACUCAGCCACAUUUCGUCCGGUGUAUCGUCCCCAAUAGCGAAAAGAAGGCGGGCAAGGUCGAGGUCAACCUCGUCCUCGACCAAUUACGGUGUAAUGGUGUCCUCGAGGGUAUCCGUAUCGCCCGGCUCGGAUACCCCAAUCGACACUCCUUUGCCGAGUUCCGCACGCGGUAUGAGGUCCUCACCCCCGGCGUCAUCCCCAAGGGGUACAUGGACGGCCGGAAAGCGGCGGAAAAGAUCGCCAACGCCCUCGAGAUCGAAAAGGACUUUUACAAGAUCGGAGCGACCAAGAUCUUCUUCAAAGCCGGCGUGCUGGCGGAUCUGGAGGAGAGGCGGGACAACCUCCUCACGGAUGUGUUUCGCCGUUUUCAGUCGGCUGCGCGGAUGUAUGUCGCCCGCCGUCGCAUACUCAAGCUCAUCGGCCGGGCGCAGGCGGUCCGAACGAUACAGCGGAACGCGCGCGUGUACAUCCAGCUCCGGGACUGGCCUUGGUGGAGCCUGUACGUCAAGGUCCGGCCACUCCUCGCUGCGACAAGAACAGACGGGGAGCUCGUCAAGAAGCAGGCCGAGCUGGCGAUGGCCAAGGAGCGGGCGGAGCGGGAUGUCAUUGAGAAGAAGAGGCUGGAGGAUCUCAAGGCACAGUUGGUGCUCGCCAAGGAGAAGGUCGAGGUGGAGCUUUCGUCUGAAAGGCAGUUGGGAGUGGACAAGGAUAGGAUGCUGGAGCGGAGCAAAAAGAGGGAGGCGGAGCUGGAAGAGACAAUCAAGAAUCUCGAGACGGAUGUGGACGUGCUAGAUCGCGAUAGGGAGGCUGCGAUUUUAGCGGCGGAGAAGGCAAGGGAGAAGCUCUCGGCGGUACAGCAUGAGUAUGACCAGCUGGUCAAGCAGAUGGAAUUGCUGGAGAAGGAGGGCAAGGCGUGGCGGGCAAGAGAAGGGGAGCUGCUCAAGGAAACGAAGGAGCGCUCAGGGGUGCUCGGGAAGAUGGAGAGCGAGAGGAAGGGGCUGGAGGGGGUGGUUGAGGGUCUCCGGCGGGAAGUGACGCAGAAGGAAGAGGCGAUGCGGAGGGUUAAGGAGAGGGCGGAUCUGGGUCUGGCCGAGGCGGAGAAGAGACUGCAGCUGGAGAAGGGCAAGGCGGAAUCUGGCAGUACACAGGUAUCAACUCUCAACGAGGAGAUCCGGCGGGCCAGACUCCAACAGGAUGACCUUCUCCAGCAGAUCAAGCGACACGAGGCAGCUGUCUCGUCAAAGCAGCGCGACAUUGCCGAUCUGGAAGCCAAGCUCGGAGCCGGUGCGAAGGCUCAGCAAAUCGCCGACCAGGCCCAGUCCACACUCAGAAAUCGCAUCGAGACCCUCACAUCCGACCUCGCUGCUCGGGAUCGAGAGAAGGCUGUCGAUGCCUCGGCCCGUCAAAAGCUUGAGAAGGAGCUGGAUGACCUUCGCAAAGUCAUGGCCGCCAAGUCAUCCGAGGAUAGCAAGCGGCAAGAGGCGGACCGGUCCCGCGAGGCCGAGAUGGCUCGGCUAAGGGAGCAGGUGACGGCUGCUCAGAAUGCGCUGGAGAGCCAGCGGGAGCAGAGUCAGCAGUUGAGCAAUAAGCUGCGCGUGGACUUUGAUGGGAUUAUGGGGAACUGGAAGGCGGCGGAUCGGGACCUGAAGGCGACCAAGGCGGCGCUGGAGGGCCGAGAGAAGGAGAUGCAAAGUCUGCAGGGGCGGAUGGAGCGUGCAGAUGGGGAGAAGAGGGCGGUGGAGGCGGAUUUGAAGCGGGUGAGGGAGAGUCUCGGGGAUGUGGAGAGGAAGUUGAAGGGAGCAGAAGGGGCAAGAGAUCAACUCUCGAAACAGCUCAACCAGAAGCAAAUCGAGUACGAGAAUCUCGAAGAUGCGGUACUGGAGAUCGAAACCGAGAAGGCGGAUUGGGUUCAGCGGAUGGACUCGACCUCCCGGCAGCUCGUCGAUGAGUCGGCGAAGCGGCAACACUUUGAGCAGCAACUCCUACACUCUCAGCUCGAGCUCGCCGAGUUCCGGAACGCCGUCUCGGAGGCAGAACGGGAAAUACUCCGUUUCACCGGCGACAUCAAGGAGCGGGACAAGGAGAUCGCUCUCCUCCGGUCCCGCGAAAACAAGACGAUCGUGGAGCACGUGCACGUCCUCGAGUCGGCCAAGAAGUAUGCCGAGAAGCAGCUGCAUGAGCAGGUGGGCGAGAACCGGCGGCUCAAUGGGUUGCUGAAGAAUCUCGAGGCGCAGCGGAACCGUCUGCAGGGGGAUAUGGAGGACUUGCAGCGGCAAGUCGAGGUGGCUCGGGUGAGCAAGAGCAAGGAGGCUAGAAAGGCGCGCGUAUCGAUGUCGCCGGAAGAAAAGGAAUUGACGGCGACGUAUGAGGAGGAGAGGAGGGGACGGAAGGCGGCCGAAGCAAAGGUGGCGAGUCUGGAGGUGGAUGUGGCGGAUUAUCGGAGACAGUUGUCCACCAAGACGCUGGCGUCAUCUCGUCCAGGCGGGUCGGGGUUCUCGUCGACUUCGGCGGAUGCCAAGCUCGCUCGGAAAGAGGACGACUAUGCGCGCCUCAAACACACGCACGAGACGACUUUGGCGCAUAACCAAAAGCUCCAAGCGGAACUCGCGGAUCUCCACCGAACCCUCCGUCACCCGCCCAAGGAGAACCUCCCUGCCCCCAUCGCUCCCGGCACACCUUCCCGUGCGGACCUCUUGCGCGGCCUCGAAAAGUCGCACGACGCACUUGGGAAGGACAUGUCGGAGCAACUCCGGAAGCUUGACUCGCAGCCCCUCACCCCGUCCCGCCGGCACAAUUCCAGUCUGAGCCAGUCGAACGCCAAUUACCCCAGUCCCGGUCCGGAUAUGAAGCGGGUACGACAACUCGAGACGGAGAUCAAUGGGCUGCGGAAUCAGCUCGAAGAUGAGAGGGAGGAGAAGGAGUUUUUGUAUGGCCGGAUGAGGGAGUUGGAGUCUGGUGAGGGAGAGGUGGGACCGGAUGGGAAGGUUACAUUUCCUUGUGAGUUGCCUUGA